AAAAUCAGCUCCGUCGAUCUCCAAGCCCUCACCGCCAUCAAGAACUCCCUCACCGAUGUCCCCUCCCGAGGGGCCACAGCAUUCUUCUCCACCUGGGACUUCGCCGCACCAGAUCCCUGCUCCACCUUCUCCGGCGUCACCUGCACCUCCGGCCGAGUCACCACCCUCACUCUCGGCACUGGCCUCUCUGACUCGCCCGGCCUCGCCGGGUCGCUCCCUCCCUCCCUCGCCGACCUCACCGAGUUGACUCAGCUCAUCCUCCUCCCUGGAAUCGUCACAGGUCCAAUCCCGUUCCAACUCGGCCGACUCGCCAACGUCCGAGUCAUCUCGUUAACCAACAACCGCCUCACCGGUCCGAUUCCCCAGACCCUCUCUCUCCUCUCCAACCUCCACACCCUCGACCUCAGCUACAACCGCCUCACCGGGUCAAUCCCCCCGGGUCUGACCCGUUUACCGGCUCUGAAAGUCCUCAUCCUCGCCUCCAACUCCCUCUCCGGCGAGCUGCCGCACAACGUGUCGUCUCAGCUCCUUCACCUGGACUUAAAACGCAACAAGCUCACCGGUCCCUUACCGCCUUCUCUCCCGACGACGCUCCGUUACUUGUCGUUCUCGGAAAACGAAAUGUCGGGCCUCAUCGGCUCCCUC